UGCUGUGCCAGGCACUGCGCUCGCCCCUGCCCAUCCUACAGAGCAACGCCGCCAACCACCUCCUUGUCUGGACACUCCGGCAGCUCCCAGCCACCCACGCACUGCUGGCUGCCCAAUUUGAUAGCCAGGAUGCUGCCGCGCUCCGGGCCUGGGUGUCACUGCUGCGGGCACAAAAAAGCAUCGUGGGGACCCUGCCCCUGCAGGGCGAGGCGCUGGCACGGCUCCGCACCUGCCUGCGGGCCCGUGAGGAGGGCGUGCGGCUGGCAGCGCUGGGCCUCCUGUGCUGCAGCCCCAGCAGCGGGCAGGCCCUGUCAGGCACCGAGGAGCAGCUGCUGCGGGAGUUCCUGCCCCUCAACCUCACUGGAGACUCCUCUGCCUUCCGGCAGCUGCUGCAGGCGGCCGUGAGGAAGGCGCUGGUGCGGCUGCGGGACAGCGCGCUGGCCCGGCUGCGAGGGAAGGCACCCGUGGAGCCAGGCGAGGAAGCUGGGGCAGCCCGACCAGGCUGUAGGCUUUGUGGAGUGGCUGCUGCAGCUCAGCGUCUCCUCACUCACCCCUGGGGCCAACUACCAGAGGAAGAAGACGGCUCUGCUCCUCCUGGCUGCCAUUCUGGAGACCUGCACGGACACCUGGAGCCCCGAGAGGAAGAAGGGCCAGCCCCCACGGACCAUGGCUGCGCUGCUGAGCCACGCCAGGCAGAGCGGCUGCUGGGACUUCUUCUCUCGGCCCAACUUGCUGGCGCUGCUGAGCUGCUUGCAGGACAGCACCAAUGAGAUCAGAGAUCUGGCCUCGGAGCUGCUCGUCCGCUACUUCCCCACGGCGUUCCCCUCCUCUCUCACCCCAGCACUGCUCCAGCUGGCCCAGGACUGCCCUCAGCAGCCCCCGCGUGCAAGAGGCUGAAGCUGGAGCCGUGCUGAUGAAGACAAUCCUACAGAAGUCAGAUGGCAGCACCAUGAAGAUCCUGGAGAUUGAAGCAGCCCAGACACCACCAAACCAUGGCCUGUGCUUCGCCCAGCACCUCCUGCGGAUGCUGCAGGCCCAGCACGCUGUGGCUCAGCAGGACCUGCUGCGGGCAGCAGCCGUGGCACCAAUGCAUGGUGUGAUCGCAGCCCUGCGCAGGUGCCUGCUGCAGGUGCCAGAGGUGGCUGCCUCCAUGCGGGCGGCAGAGUCGGUGCAGAGCUGGCAGGAAUUCCUCACCAGCCUUGUGACCACCGCGAGGGACAUCACCUCCCUCCUGCUGGGUGCUCUGCAGAGCCCUGGUGCCAACGAGCAAGCGGCCGCCCCAUCGUUUGCAGACAUGGGGAAUGCGAUCGGCUCCCUCAUCACGCUGGGGAAGGGGCAGCAGGAGGAGGAGGAGGACUCAGUCCUGCUGUCAGAGGAGCACAGCUUGAUCCUGACCUGCUGCUGGGUGUCGGUGAAGGAAAUUGGGCUGCUGCUGGGAGGCCUGGCUGAGCUGCUGCUGUCGCCGGUGCUGCCUGAUGCAGCAGGGCCACUCCUGACACUUGACAACUUACAGACGGCCGCGAGGGUCUUCCAGGAGAUCCUGCUGAGGUGCCGGCACUGGGGAGCGGUGGAGGGCUGCAGCAUGGGCUUCACCAAGUUCUGUGCUGCUCUGCUGAACCACCCCGACACGGAGCUGCAGGCGAUCCCACAGACCAUGCUGGACCAGGGGUUGGAAGCACUGAGCGGGCCCCGGAGCAGCUCGAUAACGCGCCGUGCUGCUGGCUUCCCCAUGCUCUUCCUCUGCAUCGUCAGUGGGGAAAACCCAGCCCAGGCCCGGCCGCUGCUGACCCGCUGCAUCCAGACCCUGCUGGCCUUGGCCUCCACGGCCCUGCCCCAGGACUGGGACCAGACCCUCGACCUCCCCCAGGUGUGUGCCCUGCACGUGCUGCAGACGCUGGUCCGUGGAGCAGGGCUGGGCAGCGCACUGCUGCGGCACGCCACGCCGAUGGUGGCCCUGGCACUGCAGGGCCUGGGUUCGCCUUGCUGGGCCAUGAGGAACGCGGCCAUCCAGCUCUUCAGCGCUCUCACCAGCCGGCUGCUGGGCCAGAAGCGGAGCCGCGCCGAGGGCAGCCCCGCGGAGGGGCUGAGCCUGCCCGCCUUCCUGGGGCAGCACCCGCAGCUGGGCGCCGUGCUGCUGGCCGAGCUGGGGGCAGCCACAACGGGGGGGCCCCGCCUGCGCCCCGCGCUCCACGCUGUCCUCACGCUCCUGGCGCAGCUCCAGCCCGGCCCCGAUGGCCCCGACAGCCCCUCCGCUCGCUUCCUGGAGCCGCUGCUGGGGCUGGCAGCGAGCCCCAUCUACGCCGUGCGAGCCAUGGCUGCCAAGGCACUGGUGCCCGUCGUCCUGCCGCCCCAGCGCCCUGCACUCCUCCUGCGGCUGGCCCGGCAGCUCCCUGCACAUGGAGGGGUCCGCUCGCACAACGCCCUGCACGGGCACCUGCUGCAGAUGCAGGCGCUGCUGGCCCCAGCCCCAGGAUCCGAUGGGCUGCCGGCCGAGGCGCUGCGCCCCGUGGCUCUGCAGCUGGAGGCCCGGGGCUGGCUGCUCACCCCUGCCCAGCGCUGCCCGCUCGUCCGCGCUGCCUUCCUGCAGGUCCUCGCCCUUCUGCCCGCCUCCCUCAGCCCUGGCUUGGUGCAGAGCAUCCGAGAAGCCGUCAGCACUGAGCUGGGCAGCUUCACGCUGGGGAAGGAGCCGGGAUGUGCUGAGCUGCAGGUGGGCUCAGCUGUCCUCCACCAAACCAUGGCCCGUUUCACAUGCAGCGAGGCUGCACGGCUGGCCGACAGCGAGAGGAUCGGUGCUGUUUGCUCGCUUCUCCAGCAGCCAAAUCCCUGACGUCCAGCUUGCCAUCCUCAGCUGGGUGAUCGAAGGGGAGGGAGACAAGUGCGAAGAGCUGGAGAAGGCUCUUCGGCUGACGCUGCUGGAGAACUUACAGUCCGUGCUGCGAGACAAAAGGAACAAAGAGUUCCUGAAAUUGUACCUUGAGGCUUUGAUGCAUCUUUGCAGAAACCCCUCAUCUUGGUCCCAGGAAGCUUCCCCUAAGCUCCAGGGCUCCUCAGCAUGCG